UGGCCCUGCUGUGGGAGAAAUCGCGAGAUUUGGCAUCUCUCGCGAGAGGAGCUGGUCGCCAUUCUGCGUGACGUCACUGUGUAUUGUUGUGAGGGGGGACGGGAGCAUCCCAGAGCUGUCAGCUGCCGAGUCUUACCGCCACCGCCGCACUCGCUACCUCCGUAGCUGUUCCACCCGCUGCCGCUAUCAAGGAGGGAGGUGUGUUGUUGCACAGGGCGUCCCUGCAUUACUCUCAGCCAUUGUUUUCAUUCGAAGCCCCCCGAGUGCCCGUGGAACGCCCACGUCGUAAGAACCAUCAAUGAGAUGCAAACAUGAAAGACAAGAGGAAGAAGAAGGACCGCACCUGGGCCGAGGCUGCCCGCCUGGCUUUAGAAAAACAUCCCAAUUCACCUAUGACUGCAAAACAGAUCUUGGAAGUCAUUCAGAAAGAAGGUCUAAAAGAAACCAGAAAUGGUACCUCUCCAUUGGCUUGUCUCAAUGCAAUGCUUCACACCAAUACUCGUGUGGGAGAUGGAACCUUCUUCAAAAUCCCUGGGAAGGCAGGACUUUAUGCUCUUAAAAAAGAAGAAUCUGCUUGUCCCUCAGAUGGAACACUGGAAAUAGGGUGUGAGUCAGAGUUAGAAGGGACAGAAAUGGCAGAGGCUAGCAGCAAUGGAGAAGAAAAUGAAGUUUGCCAAAAGCAGGUAUCUGAAGAAGCGUCUUCCAACCGAGACUCGAGCCUUAGUAAUUCCACAGUGCAGAGCAAGCUAGUGUCUUCCUUCCAGCAGCACACCAAAAAGGCCCUAAAACAGGCUUUGAGGCAGCAGCAGAGGAAGAGAAAUGGGGUCUCUAUGAUGGUAAACAAGACUGUUCCUCGUGUCGUCCUGACACCUCUUAAGGUGUCUGACGAGCAGUCGGAUUCACCUUCAGGUUCUGAGUCUAAAAACGGUGAAGCAGACGGUUCUGAUAAAGAAACUAAGCAAGGGCAAAAAUCACCUCCUGGCAAACAAACAAGUCAGCACUUAAAGCGGCUAAAAAAAUCAGGCUUAGGGCAUUUAAAAUGGACCAAAGCAGAGGAUAUUGACAUAGAAACUCCGGGAUCAAUUUUAGUGAACACUAAUCUGAGGGCUUUAAUAAACAAGCAUACAUUUGCUUCUUUACCACAGCAUUUCCAGCAGUACCUUUUGCUUCUACUUCCUGAAGUGGACAGGCAGAUGGGAAGUGAUGGGGCUUUGCGCCUUAGUAAUUCUGCUCUGAACAAUGAGUUCUUCGCAUAUGCUGCACAAGGUUGGAAGCAGAGGUUAUCAGAAGGGGAAUUCACACCAGAAAUGCAAAUGCGCAUCAGACAAGAAAUUGAGAAAGAAAAGAAAACUGAAUUGUGGAAAGAAAGGUUUUUUGAAAGGUUUUAUGGAGAAAAGUCUGGGAUGUCUAAAGAAGAAUCCAUAGAAUUAGCAUCUGGGCAAAACAGUAGUGAAGAUGAAAUCAGCUCACUAGAGACAUCUCUGAGCUUUUCUGGUCCAUCUACCCAGUGUAAGAAGAGUGCAAAAAACAACAAUGAAACACCAGUUUUAAUUGAUAAAGGUGUGCUAGAAGAGUCCACUGGAACUCUGAAGGAUGUUCCUUCCAAGGGGCUCAUAAGUGAAACAGAACUGGAAGAUAUAGUAAUAUCUGAAGAAUCUGUUAUCCAAGAGGAAAUUGCUGAGGAAGUGGAGACUACCAUUUGUGAUUGUCAGGAAGUGGACGAAAGGACUGAGACUGAACUACCAGAGGAACUGGAAAAUCAGGACACUAAAGAGGAAGAAAAGGGAAUUCUUGAAAAUGUAGAGCCAUGUGUUGUUAUGGAAGAUGAUAUAUUGCCUAAUUCAGAUGUUAAAGUGAAAGGAGAAGCUAAAUCUGAAGAUCUUGAAUGUGAUAUGUUGGAAGAAGCCAAUCCGAUGGCUAAGUGCUCACCCUCUUCCCCAGCUCUUUCUUCUCAUGGUUCUCCCAGUGAAUCAGUUGAUAAGGAUUCACAACCUUUGCCAGAAUUAAAUAUAUCGGAAGAGAAUGAUAGCUAUUCUGCGCUAGUUCAAGCUGAGUGUUCUGAAGAGGCUACUGCCGUAGAGAUGGAACUAAUCAGUGAACCAGAUGAACAGUUCUCAGAAGCGGCAUGUGUAUCAGAAACAUCCUUUUCCUCAGAAAGCCCAGAAGAGGCAUGCAAUAGCAUUCCAUCACCAUGUGGUGACACACAAUCUGCAUCUGAAGAUCCAUACACACCUGCAUCUGUUGAGGCUGCUUUUCUGUCAGAAGUUUCAAGCUUCGAAAAUGUUGAAUCAGAAAGUCAGCAAAAACAUGUAGAUGAAAGCCCACCAACAUCGCUGACUUCUGAUAUUUCUCCAGUCUCAUCUUCACCUAUUAGGUCAGAAGCAUCCCCUUCUUCAAACCACCCUCUCACAUCAGAAGCAUCCCCAGCAUCUAAUUUACCAUUAACCUCUGAGGCAUCUCCAAUGUCUGAUGUACCUUUUACUUCAGAAACCUCUUCAGUUUCAUCUGUAGCUUUGGCAUCUGAAACAGGUCUUUCUACAAUUGUACCUCCACCUUCUGAGGCAUCUUCUGUUUAUAGUCCACCUACAAAUGAGCAUCUCAUGCUUCAGCAAGACGUUUCACCAACAUCGUCAGAUGAAUCACAGUCUCCCACAAAGGAUGAAACAGAUGAUUUCUCCGAGGCAUCACAAGUAGAUGCUAUUAGUGAACAAGAAAUCCCUGAAAAUCUAAAUUAUCUCUCAGAAUCCCUUAAUGAAGAAAUUCUAAAUCAGAAACAUUGCCCAUCUGCGGUAGAGAAAGAUAAACCCUAUACUUCAGCUUCAUCAGAAAAAUGUCCAGAAAUCAUAACAAUAAAAAAUGAUUCAACCCAUUAUCGCAUAGUUGAGAAGAAAUAUUUGCCUUCUCAUGAUGACUCUCAAGGAUUUUUUUGUAAGAAAACUGACUCCACUCAAUUUAAAUCCCAUGAAAAACUGCAUGCUACAAAUGUAGAAAUGACUGGAUAUGUUGAAUCAUGCAGAAGUAAGUCACAUAAGCAGCAAGGAAGUUCUCAGAUGUCUCAUACUAAGUCAUCUGAACACAGUAAGCAGGUAGAGCCAAUAAGGACUGAAACCCGUGAGCCUGAACUCUCAAAGCGAAAGACACUGGAAUUGCAUAAUUUUGGUAUAUUAAAAGAGAAGCGACCACGAAUAGAUGAUGACUAUCAUAUCAGAACAUCAUCUGUUUCAAGUCAGGCAGAGCGAGAACCACCACCACCUAGGGAAGAGCCCAAAGUUCCACCUCUCAAGAUUCAGCUUUCGAAAAUUGGACCCCCAUUCAUUAUUAAAAGUCAGCCUAUUCCCAAACUUGAGUCAAAAAUGUCCUCAAAUGCAUCUACUAGUGGAGGAAGGAACACUGGUGCACGAACUCUUGCUGAUAUUAAAGCAAGGGCACAGCAAGCCAGGGCACAGAGAGAAGCAGCCGCUGCAGCUGCUGUUGCUGCUGCUGCAAGCAUCGUUUCUGGUGGUGUUGGAAGUCCAUGUGAAAGCACCAAGACAAGGACACUUGCCCAUAUUAAGGAACAAACCAAGGCCAAACUUUUUGCAAAGCAUCAGGCAAAAGUCAGUGUACAGCAGUCAAGUAAGGAGGGGAAAGCAAAAGAGAGCCAUCCAGUCACUGAUGUGCCAUUGUCUUCUGAUGGGAAGGUUGAAAGUUCCACUGGUGUUAUUAUUAUUAAUCCAAACUGCAAAUCUCCCAACAGUAAGUCCACCUUACAUCGAGAGCUGCCUUCUACUCUACAGAAGUCACUUAGUAAUGCAUCAUUGUCUGAAACAGAUUCUGAUGCUUCUGUCCACAGUUCAAAUGAAAACAUCCAUGUGCCACAUUCCAGUGACAAAACAAUUACAUCUACCUCCAAUGAUAAUUGUGGUGUCUCAACACAUUUUAGUAAAAACAUAGGUCCUGUCUCCUCUGUUGACUCUUCUAUUACAAAUACACUUGAGAAAUCAUCAGUUCUGAUGUCCAUUGAUAAUGAAAACACUACAACUGUACGCUGUGUUCUAAACUCUAUUCAGCAAACUAACAUUCCUGGUAUAGGUGUGGUACCAGUAUGCUCCAAUAACACUAGCAGCCCAGCCUUAGCUAUUAAUUCCACUACAUCUAAAUCUACGGAUGACAUGAGAGUGUCAGUAACAAACAGUAAUGCUAACCAAUUCACCUCUGUGCCAGUUACAUCCAUUGGGAACAGUAUGCUUAAUCCUUCUCUGUGUAGCUCUUUCCUUAAUUCCCUAAACUCCACAAUGAGCACAGGCAACAGGCUUCCCGAGAAAGUGAAUCUACCCGGUUGUGAAAAAGAAAAUGACAUAAAAGUCUGCAGUUCCGUAAAGAGAAUGUCAAGCCAAGAGGAUAUUAUCUUCAAUUCACUCGAUAGGUCUCAGGUUCCAUUAUUUACUAACAACAGGAGAACUUUAAGCUCUGAUUCCAACCAAAUUAGCAUUGACAAUUUAGAUAAAUCUUUGUGUAGUGUUGUAUCGGACUUCCACAAUAAAGCUCUGCCUGUCACUUUAUCACAAGCUUCAACAAACCGUUCUAUACCAUGCAAAGUGAUUGUUGAUCAUUGUACAACUCCAAAUUCAUCUUUUCCUUUCACUGUUGAAAAUUCAGAAAGCUGCAUUGAUCCGCAGAACAUGCAUGGAAGAGCAGAACUUUCAAUGCAAAAUAAAGCAUGCCCCCAAGUAUCUGUAAUAAGCAGACAAGAAAGCCUCCCUUCUGACUCUUCUGAGCACAGUUCUUUCUCAAAUAUUUCUUCUAAGCUAGCAAGAGAUGAAAGGAACGCCUCUUGCACAGGCCAUUUGAAAAACAGUUAUUUUCAAGAGAAAUCCGUUGCUUGUCGGGAAAACUAUAAUGAGCAAUUGAAGUGUCCUCCAUCUUUGAUGAGUUGUGCAGAUAAUAACUCAGAGUAUAUAUCCAACAAUAGAAUAUGCUGGAACGAGAAAGAUAAAUCUGUUGGCAACCAUUUAAAUAUGAGUAAGCACAUUGGGUUCUCGGGAGAAAACAUUCUAAGCAGUGUCAAGAGUGAACCUGACAGUUAUCAUCAAAUGGCGAAGGUCAACACUGUGACCCCAGUGCCAAGCAUCACUGUAUCAAUAAAAUCAGAAGCAAGUGAAACAACAAAGUGCUUUGGAAAUGAUGGAUAUGCAGGUCAAAGCGCUCUUUCUCAAACUGCUAACUUAGACAUAGGCGCACAGUCCUCAGAUAUACCUGUCACUGUUUCCCGCGAUGAACCUUUAUCUUUGACAACGGAAAACUUGAAAAGGGUAACAAACGCAGGAAGUUCCAGCUGUCGUCUUUCAUCUGUUGAAGCAAAUAACCCAUUAGUAACUCAGUUGCUGCAAGGCAACUUACCCCUAGAAAAAGUUUUGCCACAGCCUCGGUUAGGAACAAAACUAGAAAUUAGUAGACUCCCUCUGCAAGCUACCUCUAUGUAUAAGGCAACUGCAUCUGAUAGAACUGCUUCUGAAAACCCAUGCUCUCCAACACCAGAUGGUAAGGUAUACCCUUUAACUCCUCUGCAAAUAAGGAAACGAGAAAACCAUCCUAAAAAGAGAAUGGCAAGAACUGUAGGAGAACAAACGCAAAUAAAAUGCGAGUCUGGGAAGCUUUCAAUGGAUGCUGAUCAAGCUUUGUCUUCUUGUAUGAUGGGUUCUAAUAUGAAUUCACUAGUACAAGGCCAGGGUUUUAAACAGGAAUGGAUGAACAAGCACACUGUUCAGACCAGGAUUGCUCACAGCCCAGAGAUUAAACAGCAAAAGAGGCCACUGCCUUCGUGUAGCUUUCAGCAGAACUUAUAUAAUGUUGAAAAAAAUGGCAGCUAUCAUCCAGAAGCUAGUACCUCACAUAGACAGCAUUUUUACCAAAUGUCAUUGGCUCAGAGAGGGUCAGCCCCAUCGGUGUAUUUACCGCAAGGUUCUGUAAAAGCUCAACCCAGCGGCAAUGCUUUUGCCUUUAGUAGGCAUCCAGAACAGAAGGCUUUGGCAGAGAUUAAUUUGCAGCCUCUUUCUCUCGGUUUAGGCAAUGCUUAUUCACCAAAUCUUCACAUUAAAGAAGGUGAUGACCUUGGCAACCCUUCACAGACAUUGCAACAUAAAUUCUUAGUGCAUCCUCCUUUACCUAAUUCAGAAGUCCCCCCUGAUCAAAAACAACCAGCAGUUGCUAUGGAAACCACUAAAAGACUUAGUUGGUCUCAACCUACAAGCAAUAUAAAGACUGAGCCCAACUCAUACGAGGAUGGCUUAAAUAACAGCUGUGAACUGACCAUGAAACAAGCUUCCUAUGAACAGAAUGAAGUCAAAGAACAGUUAAAAGCAUUUGCCUUGAAAAAUGCUGACUUUUCUUCCUAUUUACUUUCUGAGCCACAAAAGCCUUUUUCUCAGUUAGCUGCACAGAAAGUACAAACACAGCAGCUGCCACAGCAGCAUCAGGGUGGGAGUUAUCCAGCGAUACACUUUGGUAGCACAAGCUUCAAAAGGGCAGCAUCUGCUAUUGAAAAAUCUAUUGGAAUUUUAGGGAGCAAUUCUAAAUCUGCCUCUGGACUGAGCAGCCAGAACACUCCAAUCCCUGUACAGAAUUUUGCUGACAGCAGCAGUGCAGAUGAACUGGAACUCAAAUGCUCCUGUAGGCUGAAAGCCAUGAUUGUGUGCAAAGGCUGUGGAGCCUUUUGCCAUGAUGACUGCAUAGGACCUUCAAAAUUGUGUGUAGCGUGUUUAGUUGUACGAUAGGAAAAAAAUCAUGGAUGGAGCAUCCCUUCAGUUUUACCGCCAAAAUGGCUGCGCCAAAAGCAGUAACAUUAUGUCCCAUGUUGUUUUAUGUAAGUUAAUUUUGUUGCAACCAGAUAUUUUCAGUGUUAAUUUGUCUUUCUGUGUUUUUUUAGGGGAGAAAAAAAAAUUUGAGGAGCGUUUUUCUCAAUAUCUUGUCACCCCUCUUAUUUAUUCAUAAAAUUUUAACUGUAUUAACUCAAUUUGUGAGUUCUAAAAGCACUACAUUAUGCAUUAUGUGUAUACAGUGUGCAAGUAGAGCUGUUUUAAGACAGUUUGCUGUACCAUUGUGAAGCUGGACUGCAGUGCACAACCAUUCUACAGUAUACAUGUGAAUUGGCAUGUAAUUCCAUUUUGCAAUGAUCCCUCUUGCCUGUCUUAGCUUUUCUUUUCACUUCUUAACUUGACAUAUUUAGUAUGUUGAUUGCCCAGCUCAUAAGUGGAGUGUUUGAUAUGCUUGCACAGCAAGAUAUCUGCUUACACAAACUCAAAGCUUACUGGAAAUUAAUUCACACAAGUUCUGUAUAAUCCACAUAAAGAAUUUAUUUUGUAGAUGUCUGGGAAGUCGCCACAGUAUCAACGAGGGGAAUGAACAAAUGUACAGAGAAGGUGUCCUAAUGAUUUUGUUUUCAUUUGAAUGUUGAAAUGUUACAUUUUUCAGUCAUUUUUUUCCCAUGUUUUAUUUGUAGCUGCUAUAAAAGACAUUUCAAAAUCCCCAUAGGGUGGGGUGGAUUAGUACAACCAGUGCUCCACGCAUUGCACCUCCUAUUUUCCCAAAAUUUCGGCAAUACUUUGAUAAAAAUGGAAUCGUCAUUUAUGUUUGCAGCUGAGGCUGAGAAUAGAAAAAAAAAGUUUGCAUUGCCAAAUUCUCCAUUGCUGGUAAAUAUUCAACUGAAUUAAGAACUACAAAGUGCACUUCAAAAUGUUUUGGGGGGGCUGCCCAGCUUGAGGCAGUUGUUGCUGGCAGAUCCAGCUCACUGUCAUGGAUUUGGGGAUUGCUAAACCAUUAGCUGACAGGGAAAGUUUAUUUUUUCGGGGCAACAUUUGCAUUUCAAGAGGUUCUUGGUUGACUAAUAUAAAAGAUAUUUAAUUAUAUACCAAAAUAUAGAAAUUUGCUUUUGAUAUAGCGGUUCUCCUUUAAUGCUAUUUUUGGACAAUACUAUUUGUUGAGGUGCUUUUCAGUUGCUUGCCAUAGUAGAGUCUUUUGAGUUGGAGGAUCCAAUAGACUUCAUACUGUUGGGCAUAAUUUAACUUCUGUCUUUUGCUUGUCAUGCAGUAUGGCAAUGUUUGUAUUGCAGACAAGAAUCUGUAAUUUAUAAGCUAUUGAUUUCUUAGAAUUUUAAGCCUUUAUAUGGGAUCCACAUUUUAGUGUAACUAUGUCAGUUGUUAAAUAUUUAUCUUUUUAAUCAUGUAGCCAUAUUUUAGAUGAUAAACAUAAUUUAAGUGUUAGGUAGCAAUAUGAUUCAUGGAGGUUGAAUGCAUUAUAGUUUUUUGUUGUGUAUUAAAACCCAGUGUGCAAAAGUUUGAUUCUGAGGUACUGAUUGGGUUGGAUUUCUGUACCUGGAAUCAACAUUUUCUAUUUUACUUAAUAGAAACAUUUUUAGGAUUAUUAGGGACCCCUAUAUUGCUUACAAACAUACAAUUUGCUGCUAUAGAAGUUUGUUACUGUUAUGACAGAAUCAGGAACACAUGCAUAUAAUUGUAUUUAAUUUGUUAGUUUAUUUUCUCUUAAUAAAAAACUUAAUUGUCGUUUUUAUCAGUUUGCACCAAAACAUGGUGAAAAUAGCCAAUUGAAAUGGAAAUAUGGCCUAAUGUGUCAGAUGCAAAGCUUAAUUAUAAUGGAGUUUUAAUUUAAAUUUUGUUUUAAAUAUUUUAUUUAACACUAACUCAAAGUAGUUUAUUUCUAAAUAUUUAAAUAGCCAAUUUCCACAAACAGAUUUUAAAGAGACUUGAAAAAAGCUGAAGAAAACCACACACACCACACGAAAAUAGAUAUUAGCUAGUCUUUUUCAGCAGCGUGGACACUUGCCAUUUUUCAUAGUGACUUUCAGUAUAAGCAUCUGAGGUCAAAAUAGGGGUUUAUAAGCAUAUUUGAAGGGGUUUAUAUAAAACUGAACAGUUUUGCACCUUGUAGAGCAACGCGCUGUGUACAUGAUGAGCACAAAACCCUUACACAUGUUUUGUCUUCAGUGUGUGGUUUGUUAAAAUAAAUGUACGAUUUGCCAUUUUAGGAGAAACCACAGGCAGCAAAUUAAAAAUAUUAUCACUUCGGUAUAAAUUCAGGAAUUGGAAGCAGGCUAAAGCAAUCCCCAAUGCAGCAGCAAUGUAACCACCCAGUAUGCCAUAGCCUUGUAAUUCAGGUGCCAUUGUACUUAUUUAAUCCAGCUUUCUGUGUGAGGAGCUGCUUUCUCUAUUUAUUUUAGAACAUGUUCGAGAGCCGUAGUUCUCACAAAUAAAUCUAACAACUUCUUGAGUCAUCCCUCUUUUUGGACUAUAUGAAGCUUGCAGGCCUCCAUUGGUUUUCAGUCCUAUCUUUACCAAACGUUGUUUUGUGUAUAUCCAUACAGUGGCAAAGGUGGAUUUGUCAUGAUUACAUUUUUGCCUAAAAAUCCCUCCUUGAAAAGUAAAUUUAACUAAGCAUAAGAUGUAGAUUACAGUUAAGAAAACAAAGUAUACAUGUGUCAUAGGCAGAAUGAUUCCCAUAGAGUGUUAUGGGAAGAGACUGCAGUGGAUCAGUGUGCCAUAGCGUAAUUCUUCCCCUAGACUCAAUCUCUCAUCACCAAGCUCUCCUGGAUUUCAGCACAUGACAUGAUUUAGCGUUGGUUUAUAUUUUCGACGCAGGGAGUCAGACAAAGUUGGUGGCUGCACAGGGGAAUUGUGGAUUUGGGGAUCACAGCUGCCCUACUGGCUGCCCAAGAGAUCAAAAACUUCUCCAUGAGACAAUGAUCAUAUAUUCUGGUUUCCACCCAUUAAACUAUUUUACGUGCUAUGUAAAAGUUUUCCAAGUGUGAGUGCUCAGGUUUGUCGCUCCUGCUGAAAUAUUGCUAAAUAUAAACCUUCCACAAGGAGAGCCUAUUAUUUUCUGGUGUUGUCAUCUUUAUUGACAUAUAUAUGGCUUUAUGUGGCAUAAUCUUGUCCUGAUAUGGGCCCUAAACUGCACUUCAACAAAAAAGUUGGAUAGCACUGGAUUAGAUCAUGUGCCAUCGUAAAGUUUUUUUCAUAAGAAAUGGAAGCUACCUUUAUAUAAGGUAACUAUCUAUUGUUAAUCAUUCACUGUAAUAUAGAAAUGAUUCAUACAUUUGUUUUUAUGUGGAGUUUUCACUUUACCUUCUGGCCAUUGUUUCUACACUUUUUUACAUGAGUUUGGGAUAUGUUUUGUAUAUUCCUUAGGUAGUAUGUUAAUGUAAACUGAAAACUAAAUUGGAAGAAUAGCAGUGAAAGCUUGCCCUCAGCAUAUGUUUUAUGCAUCUUCACUUCAAAUUGAGAAUGUUUGGUCCGCUUGCAGUGUUUUAGGAUGUGAACGGAAUACAAAUUCACAAAAUUAAGAAUAAGUUUAUCGCAUUUCACAAUGUAAUAAUGUCCAUUAGAUAUUUGUAAGACCAGCUUGAAGGUGCUGUAAAAUGGCAGCAAAACAGUUACUUUUCAGUAAGAAAUGUUACUACUUAUAGUGCAUUGUAGCACAUACAAAAAGUGCGAUCUGUUUUUCUGGUUGUCUGUCCGUUUUCCAUUAACGCCAUUUAUUACAUUCCCAUUCUCUCUGAAGCUUUUGAGUGCUUCUGUUAUGGACUAUCAAGAGGCAAAUUGCAUAUUGCAACAUUUAAAGAGGUUUUUUUGUUUUUUUUAUUGUAUACAUGACGCUGCUAUAAUUCUUUCAUGUAUAGUUAAUUGUUUUUCCUUCAGUACUGCCCUCACAUCAGACAUUGCUUUCAUACCGCUUAGCUGGACAUGACAGCCCCAAACCCAGUCCAAGUGAAUGUGGCCAGUGUGUACAAAUAAGUAAAGACCAAAAGGAUCAGUACUCAAGGAUUAUAUAGGUGUCAACUUGGAAGAAGUAAAUUAAGGAUCCACUGACAAAGUGAUGUCUAAUGAGAACAUUUGGGAAUAGUGUAUAUUUGCAUUGAAGUGAGCCUGCCAUGUACAAAACGCACACAAACAGCUGGCUGGGUUGGUAGCAUGACAACCAAAACAGAGUGUUUGCUGAGCCUGGUGUGCCAGUCUAAUGCUUGUAUUGUUUUGCGGCCAUUUAUAUAAAGAAUCUCAUUUUUGAAGUUUGACAUGACCGGAAGGAACAAUGCACACCUACAAGCACAAGGGAAUGGACUGCCCUGGCUGUUUGGUUAAACGUGCCAUCUUAAGGUGUCUAUACAUGGACCAAUAUGAGGAAAAAAAGGUCUGGAGGGGCAAAGUCAGAUAGUUAUUGGCCCAAGGAACCAGUAUCUGUCAAAACAUUGGCCCCUAACGCAAGUGGAUCUUGCUGUGUAUGUCAGCUCUAGUUUUUGCUAAAUUUAAAUCACUUUUUCUUUCAGUACUGUUUUACUUAAAAUUGGUAAAUGCUUUCGUUUCAGUUUUUUAUUGGUUGUGUUACUUAUUUUGAAGUGGUGGCGAUCUUGUUUCAUAGGCAUAACGGUCAGCUUGUAUCAUUAUCAAGUGUUAUACAUUGGCACUCUUAGGUUCAUUGGCUUAGUUACAGAUUGUGUUAUCAAAGUUUAAAAGAUGUUUAAAAGUUUUAUAAAAGGUAUUUAGGGAUCUCUAGUGCUGUCAGGGAUCAGAAGGGAUUAUAUUGUCCCUGGGCCCCUUUUGUUUCAGAUGACAAUAGUGAGCCUAUUCUAGCCAAAUAUAAUUGGUGAUAGUGCCAUAACUGUUCUUCACUAAAAGUGAGUGUCAGUGCAAAUCCCAGUACUUGUAGCACAAUGCUGACAUCAUGUGGGGGUGCUGAGUUGUGAUGUAUUAUACAGCUUGAUACAAUUUAUCUCACUUAACCAGAAGAUUCUUUCAAAGUUGUAGCCUAUGAAAACCCUUAAUUUGCAAAACAUUUGUCAGUAAGUUUUCACAAUACUAAACCUUUAUGAUUUGCACUGUAUUUUUUAACAUUGUGAACCUUUGAUAAGACUGUGUAAUGGGGAAGCAUUGCAUUUUAUUUACUUUCUAGUAGGAUUGCAUUACUCAUUACAUCAUAUUGACAAAUAUUUGGUCAUUUAAUUUCAAAAUAAUGCAAACUGUGCACUGCCAUCAGUCAGACCUCACAAUGUUUUCUUAAUAUAAUGCCCAUGUCGUGUAUAGAAGCAGGAAUUCCUAACUUAGAAGAGACACUGCACUCUUGUUUUGGUUUUCCAACAUAAAACCAUUCCUGCUUAGUCCAUGCUAACCUACUCUGUAUUCUAAAUGCAAUUCUACCAAGUCCUGCAGAUUUCCCAGUCAUACGUUGGUACUUUCUGUAUUAUCAGCUCUGGUUUAAUUCUCGCUCCAGUCACUCCCCUAUUUGCCUUUAGGGCAAAGUCAGACCUGCCAUACUGUCCGCUCCUCUCUACCCGGGUUUUGUAGGCGGCGGAGAGAAGUGGAUCCAUUCUUACUAUUAGCUCCCUGUAGCUGCAGUUACAGGCACAGCCUUGGCCUGAGUGCAGCUACAUACGCCAGGUCUGACUUUGUCCUAGCAGUCACUGUAUUACUUUUGUUUAUGUUGCACAAAGUGUUAAUGUUAUGUGUAUAUCCAUAGUCUUGAUUUACAUAAUCUGGUCUCUCAAUAUUUAUUGACCAAAAGAAUGAAAAGGAAAAUAUGUCAUUUAUAAUGUCAACAUUCAGUCAAAAGGGAACUUAUUUAUGAAUGAUAAACCUAAAGAG